GUCUAUAUAUAUUUGCAGCAGAUACCCUCACGCUUCACACUUCUCUGAUAUUUCUGCAAGACAGAUAAACAGAAAGAAAGAAAUGGCAAUAAUUGCUGUUUCAGCGCCAAGAGGGGCUCGAUUCUCUUGCUUUAAUACUAACCCCCUUCCUCAGUUGCCAAUCCCAAGCAGGAGAUCAAGCAAGCUCAAUUUUCGCUCAAAGGGUCUUAACCCUUUUGCCCGAUAUGCUCAGACACAGCAGGAUCUUUUCUCUUCUCGUCUCCUAGAUAGUAUUGAAAACUUGCCCAAACUGGUGGAGGACAUUGUUCAGACAUCUAUCAACACCGGUCCACGGGGAGCCCUAAGGCUAGCUCAGGGCGUUCAAGCAUUUCUUGGAGGUGGUGGCGAAUGGCUGGCAGAUGUAUCAAAGCCACUUUUUGCAACAAACAAGGAUGUGGAUGUCAUGGCCUUUGCCAAAGACCUGGACAAGAUAUUUUCAUCAAUACAGGAUUUGGAUACUGAAUUAAUUGUUGCAACUGCCAGGAAUACAACUACAAAUGCAACCGCUGUAUCUGCCAAUGCAGUUGUUGAUGAGAGGCAAUUGAAUGCACUUUUUCUUGAUGAGAAAGUUUCCGAAGUAUUUGGUAAGGGUAAUUACAAAUACCUUGAAUUGGAUGGGGAAGCUCAAUCUUGGAACAACCAGAGAGUGGUGGUAGCCCGAGGAAAAGCGAAUUCGGAAAGGAAUGGUGUGGAUUUUGACAGUGAUGAAGAGAGUGGGAAUGGAGGAGGAGGAGGAGAUCAGGAACCAUUUGAUUGGGAAAAGGAGAUGAGGAAGAGAGUGAAGGAGAUUGAAGAGAGGAGAGAGUUGGUGAAGAAAGCUGAGGAGUUGCAGAACAGAAUAUUUGAUGAUAAUAGCCAAGAAGAAAAAGAAGAGAGCGAGGAAGAGAAGAAGGAGAGAGUGAGAAAAGAGCUCGAAAAGGUGGCCAUGGAACAGGCAGAGAGAAGAAAGACAGCUGAAUUGAUGUUCGAAUUAGGGCAAAAAGCUUAUGGAAAAGGCAUGUACGGAAGGGCUAUUGAGUUUCUUGAAGCCUCACUUACAAUCAUUCCAAGGUCGACACUAUUUGGUGGUGAGAUACAAAUAUGGCUGGCUAUGGCUUAUGAGGCUAAUAAUCGACAUGCUGACUGCAUUGCUCUUUACAAGCAAUUGGAAAUGAAGCACCCUAGUAUUAGCAUUCGACGUCAAGCUGCAAAUCUUCGAUAUAUAUUGCAAGCACCUAAGCUUAAGAUAUCCCAGGAGGAGAUGGUCACCAUUCCACUCAUUGGUUCAACAUAUGACAGGUUCUAUGCGGCAUCAUGGAGUGAUAAGUACAAGGAUAAGGAUCAAGAGAGAAGUUGGACAACGUCCAAUCAAUUGCCAUCAUCUAGAGAUUUUAUGGGGGACUUUCUGGUCUGGCGACCUCCAACUGGACUGGAGAAAAAUCGAGCUUUUUGGUUUGCUUUAGCUUUGUGGAUGGGAUUGGUUGGAGUUGCCCUUUUUCUACAAAGAUGAAUCAUACUAAACACACAAUCACCAUAUUGUAACUAUUGUACAUGAAUUGUUCGUUUGAUUAUGUAUGCAUUCCUCAAUAUACCACCAUGCCAAUGCCAUCUUGACAUUAUUGUAUGUAUGAAUCAGUAAAUUUGCUUGCUUAUUCUUAACACUAUUUUUUGAAGCA